AUGCGACUGUCGAAACUCUUGGAUACGGAGCUUUACAUUUGGCGAAACAGCCCGUUCCCGUCGGCCACAGAAAAAAUGAUACGUCACACGCUUUUGAUUUGUGAGAAAACCAAACCAGUCCCUGUUCCACGAAACUCCAUUUGCGAAGAAUUCAAUGAGUUCUCAAAAAAACAACUUCAAUUGUUCAUCAAAAUAUACUUCACGUUUAUGGACCGUCUCACUGGAAAAUUUCGUGUCCGAGAACUUUGGUUUCUGAUGAAGCAACUGGGAAGUCCACUGGACCAAUAUUCUGUCAACUACAUUUUCUCGAAGAUCAACAAAAACGAUGACGGAAAUCUGACUCUAUCAGAAUUUUUGAAUAUGUUCCGUCUGGCUUGUCAAAACGAACUGUGCAACACACUGUCUAUUUUCAAAUCUAUUGCAUAUGGUACUGACAAUUUUGAUAACAACUCAACACAUAUGCCAAGCACUUCUACAAAGGCUGCAAUGAAUUCAAAUCGUGGUGAAUCAGCAGAGCCGAUGACUACUUCUGGAAAACGGAAGAAACCAAAAAAGUUAUCAUGGCUGAGAAGAAUGUAUCGAGAAGCUGUCUCCAUCAUUUCAUCCAAAAAGAAAUAA